CCGGCCCUCACCUUUCGCUUUCGUUUCUCUCCGGCCGGGCCCGGCGAUCGGCAGCCGAGACGCGGGCGGUGCUCCAGAAACCGCCCGCCCUCCGGACGGCGACGCCUCGGACAUGGGACAGGCUGCUAAAUCAGCAAGGACCAUCGUCAUCUCUGGUGUUCCAGAUGGUGUUCUGAACGAUGAUGUCAUGAGUGACAUUCUGGUGAUCCAUUUCCAAAAGGCAAAGAAUAAUGGUGGAGAUGUGGAAGAAGUGAAAUAUCCAACAAGGGAAAAAGGAGUUGCAUAUAUAACUUUUGAAGAUCAAGAAGUUGUAGAGAGUGUUCUACAGAAGAAUGAGCAUCGACUAGAAGACAGGAGGCUGCCCAGAUACUAUCCUCUGAAAGUCACCCCUUACUGUGAAAAUGUCUUCAGCUCUGUCACAGCUGUCCUCGAUAUGUCUGUUUUCAAAGAUAAAUUUGUUUUGGAGGAUCUAGUACAAGAACUUAAAAAGAAGAGCACAGCUUUGAGCUUUGGUUCUUUGCAAUCCAAUGGGCAUAUUUCUGUUCAAGGGUCAUUUCCAACAAUCAAACGGCUAAGAGACUUUCUUUUACUAAAAGCAAAAUCCCUCUCGGAGGAUAAAAAUGAAGCAAGUAAGUCCCAUCAGAGACCAAAGAAGAGGCUGAACAAACACACACUCAGCAGAGAGGUGAAUAAUUGUGGUCAUGAUGCUGAAGGGGAAAAGCAAGUGGUUGUUCUUGACACGGAUAUAUACCACUAUAUGAAGUGCUUCUUUGCCAAGGAACUCCUCGCAAAUGCUGAUGUUGUGAUUUCUGACAUCACUGAUGGUGAUAUAACUACACUGCAUCUUCAGAAGGGCAGAAACAGGCCUGAUAGCGGCCAAGUAUUAAGAGUCAAGGAGAAAAUUGAAAAUCUGUCUAUCAAACUUCUUAACAGUUUACGUAAAGAAAGGAUCGGCUUUGAGAAGUGCACCAGAGAUAAGAAGAAAUACAGAUCGGUGUGUGAAAGUGUAAGAUCCCGCUACCCCGAUGUUUUGGUUAUUCCUUAUGAUACUCAUAUUGAUGUGAUAGGGAGUUCUUCUGCAGUUUUUGAAUUUACACAGGAAGUGAACAAAAAGGUUCAGAGCCCGUUUCAAAACAGGUAGAAAGAUAGCAUUCAUGUUUGUUGCACAUUGCGCUUGUAGUGAGCUGUUCUGGUGCAAACUUUCGUGUCACUUCAGGUCUGCCUCAUUUCUCCUACAUGCAGUCUGGGAAUGCUGCGCAUCAGGAUGAAAAAGCCCAUUCCUCCCCAGAUACCAAAUAAAGUUCAGAGCAAGGAACAAAUGAUCUUUGUAUCUCUGGUGAGCUUCAAGAUGGAAGAAAUGAAGUUUCUUCCGUCCAGACAGAGACACAUUCUUCCUUUCAUUUGCUGCAUUCUGGCCACAUGCACUCUUGUCUUGCUGUCAUGGAGCUUAUGAUGUGAAAAGAAGAAUUUUUGAAGAUUUUUCUUUAGCAUAAGAAAUGGUAACUGUAAAGCUGAGUGAACCAACCUGGUAUGAAAUCCUGCACAGAAAUUCACGUGUUUCUUUGUGCAGGGAGAUGACCACUGAAGAUAGGACUGGUGGCUUGCUGCUGCUGCCCUUAUCUGCAGAAGAAAGCUCUUGUUGAGAUGCACAGAGGUAGAACUUUAGUACUUGAGAAGAUGGAAUGCUUGAUAAAUCUGUAGGCUUCUCAUGUCCUGAAAAAGGCCUUACAAGCUGGCACCAGAAGUUCCUGAGAGAAGAAACUGAAUUUGUCUUUGUAGGAGCAAUAGCAGGUUUUUAUCCAGUAGUAACAGCAGCUGCAGCGUCCCUGGACAGCAUGUUACUUAGACAUGGAAGUAUAUCCAUAAUUUUGAUGUAAAAUCUUGGCACAUUUAAACUUUUAAAUCAUACCCUAUUUAUACAGUUCUUAGGCCCAACGUGGGAAUAGUUUUUCUGAUCUAAAUCAUCUAGUGGUGUAGAUACACCAGAUAGGAGUAGUCCUUUUUUUUUCCUGUGCAAAACUGAUAAGUUAAUGCAAUAACUAGUAGUUGUAACUGAGAACAGGAACACCUUUAUCCUAUUAAUGCUUUCCAGUUGUGUUUUCCAGACCGUGUCAGAGGUUCAGACUGUGGAGAUUUCUGCCAUCUCCUGUAAGGACAGGACAGCCUGAUGAAGACUUAGUGUUAAUUACUUUCUAAAUUGAAUGCCUUAGAACACUGAAUAUUUCUUUUGUUAGCAGCUGUACACAUUUUCAGUUUUUGAUAGGUCGAGGUAUGCAUAUAGUUUUAAAAAACAUCCUUAAGUCUACUGUUUGGACUUGUGUCUGCCUUGCUCUUUGCUUUCAUUUCUAGAGUUAAGUGCCUGGAGUUAAAACUGAGUGCUCACUACAGAAUUCCAUCUGAUUCACGCGUUAAAAUGGAGUGCUGUAAAAGUUCAGCCUCAUUCACUGAGAUUGGGGAUCAAGGCAGUCCACAGGAACGUGACAGCUUAGAGCAUGUGUUUUAAAGUUAAACCUUUUCCAUGGAGAUCCAUUAUUAGUCCAAAUUUGCACCCUUUUGUGAUCUUUUUAGAAAGCCAAGUUGAAAGUGUGUUUUGUGAUUUCAGAACGUGCAGAUUGCUAACACUUGCAGACCAUUAGUUCUUAUACAGGAAAACCUUAUGAAAUGGAAUGUAUGAUCCUAUUAAAGAAAUGUGUUUCAAAAUGCUUUGUGUUCUUUAAGCAACUCCUAGACUUUUAGUUGGAAGCUCAUCAUGCUUAAGGCAUUUUCUUGUCGUGACUGAUUACCCACUGCAGUUAUGCCAACGAAAGAUAAAAGUGGUUAAACUAGUACCAGUGCUGUGUUUUAAAAUACACUGUCAAAGUGGGAGGAUGAUGAGCUGAAGUGAUGUGCUGAACUGGGAGGGAGGAGUGCUAAAAGGCUUAUAUCUAUGCCAGAUUCCUGUGUAGCAGUAGUACAUGCAGAGGCUGGAGGGGGGCAGGGCAGAGUGCCCAGAGCCUGGUCUGGUAGGGCCCCUCCUGCUCCCCGCUGACCAAACCUUGCCCUUUUUUAGUGCUCCCCACAGAGCUUAAGCAAGGAUGGGAUGUUUUUUGACCUCAUAAAGGAGAGAAUUCUCCAUGAAGGUCAGAGCUUUAAUGAAAUGAGUUCUCUUUUCUAAUGUCUGUGUUGACCUUCCAUUCUCCUUUCUGCAGAGUCUCGGUGUUGGGGUUUUUGAUUCCUAGAGUUUCCUAUGCACUUGCAGAAAUGCUUAGGGCUCAUAAACCAGCAGCACUGAUCUCAGUCAGAAUACCAGCAGGUCAGGAAAGGGAUGAAUCCAUUGAGUCAACUUUGACAGCAGCACUGGUAGAGGUACUGCUCACUCCUUGUUGUCUGGGUUUUAGGUCAAAACCUCAAAGUCCUUUAAAGACUGCAGUUGAAUAAAACUUUUAUUGCUGUUUUACAGCAGUUGUCACAGCUCCUCUUCAGAUUCACUGGUCCAUCAGCCCAUUGUCAGCUGAGCAUUCGGGCCACCAGGUGCACUGCCACCAGCACUGCCUUGUUUCCUGGGGUGUCUCAUCUGCUGCCUCUGGUCCCACACCUGGAUGUCAUUUCUUUAGAGUAAAUUGGGAUGUGAGUCCAUGGUGGACCAGCACAUACCAUCUAUUGUUAUGCUCCUGAUCUCUGGGGCUGCUAGUUUAGGUGGGUUUUGCAGCAGCACUGCAUUGGAAUACCUCACUUUUCUCAUCUCUGGUGGUUCCUUGUGGCCCAGCAAGGGCAGGGCUCAAAGCAAGCAUCCCACACAGGGUCAGUGCUGGUAGCCAAGGGGCUGUGGUACGUGCUGUGACUGCCUGAGCUGCUCUUUUAGAUGUAACUCCACACAGCAACCUUCUUUUUCAGCAGGUGAAAACAUGCACUGUGGUCCACCAGGAUAGAGCCAUGUUUGCUGUAAGAUAUAAACAGCGUUUCAGCAGAAUAACCUUGUAAGUGAAAUGUAUUCCUUCCAUCAUAACGCAGUCGCUGUGGAAAAAAAAUAGAUGUUCAGCAAAAAAAAGAAAGUUUGAUUUUUUCCUUAGUGCUGACACAUAAACAAAUACAGCAAAGCAGACUGGUGUUAGGUCUGGUAAGAGGCUUGCCAGCUAUUAUUCUCACGGUCACUUUUUAUGGCAAGCAAAGCACUGUUAUAACUUGAGCUCCACUCAAAAAAGGGAUUUAAUAUUUGUGUAUAUUGCAAAAUAUCUGGGAAAGCGUAUCAGAUGCAAUUCCUGGAUCUAAACCAUCAGUGCUGACUCAGUAUUCUCAGCACCAGAUUUGCACUUUUAAUUUGAAAAGAGAAUUCACUCCUGGGAGCUCAACAAAAUAUUUGUCCUUAUUGCUGUGCCGACGCUUGCUGCCCUUUACCAGAUGGGGAAAUGUAACAGUUCAUGGAGUAAAAAAAUACAAUGCCUAAUUUUGUCUGAAGGCACAGUUCUCACUGACAU